AUGCAUAUUCAAGAUAAAUUAGGCCCAAAUCAAACAGCUAAACAGGCUAUUUGUAAAGCCUGUGAACACAAUGAACAUAUAUUUGAGAAGGAAAGAAAUGAUGGCCUUCAAUUGUGGAAAUAUUGGAUUGAUGAAGACCAAGAAGUAAUGAUGUAUGAAGACCCUAAUAAAAAUAUGGCACGUAAUGCUUUUGUUGAUUUUUUUAACCCAACUGUUAAAAUUUCAACUUGUGGAAUAUUAAGUACUAAAAUUCUUGUUGAGUAUGCAGAAAAAUUAGAACAAACUAAAGUCUCUACUCUCUCUGAGUCACAAGAACCAGUUACAAUCAUGUUUGUUAGUUGGAAAAAUGGUGCUGAAGAUAUUAGCAAUCAUAGUCAAAAAACUCUCGAUGUAUUAAAUACAAUUCAUAACUUUUUUGAGUAUGCUAGUAACCAGAAUCUUAAUGUAGUGGCUAUGGUUACUGACAAUAAAUGGCAUUCAAAGGCAAUAUCAUUACUUCAUGAUGAACAACAAAGAAUUUAUAAAACUAUAUUUAGCUUUGUACUUCCAGUAACCACCUGUUGGAAUUCAUAUUAUUAUUGCUUUGCAAUGCUGCUAAGAAGUAAACAUGCUAUACAGUCUUAUUUAAUUCUACAUCAAAGCUCUUUCAAGUCAUCAGAUAAAUUCAGAGCUGCUAUUAACAACCCUCAAUUUUGGACAUACAUUGAUGAAUUAGUAAAGCAUCUUUUGCCCUUUGUCAGUAUUUUGGAUUAUCUUCGGCAUGAUGUGGCCAACCUUUUUGAUGUAAUGUAUGCAUUUGUAUAUAUAGCACAGCAAUAUGAAGAUGAAAUUGAUGAAUUUAGUUCUAUGAUACUACAAAAACUUGAAAAAAGAUGGGCCAAUUGGGAACAACCUCUUCUUUUACUGGCAGUUAUAUUUUAUUCACAAUAUCAUCUUCAAGCUUUAUCUGAUAUUAAUUUUUUCUCUCUUGAAAGAAUAACACAGUGGAUCGAAUAUUAUUAUAAAGCAUGGUUUAAUAUAAAGUCAAAACAUGUCAUGUUAGAACUAACUGAAUAUUACAUGAAACGUGGCAUAUUUAGUGAUAAGAGAUUUGAAAAUACCUUUGAAGCCAUCUCAAAAGAAAAUAUAGCAAUAAAAAAUGCAACUGGGCUCACAUUAUUUAUUAAAGUCAAUUCUGCACCUUGUGAACGUCUUUUUUCUAGAAUGGAAUGGUUUCAAAAUCCAAGAUGCAGUCGCCUCAAGUUACCAAUGACCUUUAGAAUGACCCAAAUCGCAGCUGAGAUGGCUUGGAAAGAAUAUUUAAACAAUGCUGAAAAAGUUUGCCAAAGUGUUGCUACAAAUCAUAUUACUCAUUCAAUCAAUAGUGAACUAAGUAAUGAAACAAACGAUCUGAAUACACUUAAUCUGAAAGUUGGUGAGGUAUUAAAUGACAAAACUAUUACUAAAGAAUGGGUUAAUGGAGAAAGUGAGGAACUUGAAGAAAGUGAAGAACUUGAAAAAUUAAAUAUGGGCUCUUUUGAUACUACUGAUAUGCAUAAAUAUCAUUCAGCUGAACACAAAGAUUCAAAGAUAGAACUUCGAUACCUCUUUACACGUACUUUAUCACAACUAUCAUUUGUUCGUACUCUUUGGCAACAUGUUGAAGAUACUUCCAAGAUUUCUAACAAUUAG